AUGGCGUGCAGCCUCAAGGACGAGCUGCUGUGCUCCAUCUGCCUGAGCAUCUACCAGGACCCUGUGAGCCUGGGCUGCGAGCACUACUUCUGCCGCCGCUGCAUCACCGAGCACUGGGUACGGCAGGAGGCGCAGGGCGCCCGCGACUGCCCGGAGUGCCGGCGCACGUUCGCCGAGCCCGCGCUCGCGCCCAGCCUCAAGCUGGCCAACAUCGUGGAGCGCUACAGCGCCUUCCCGCUGGACGCCAUCCUCAACGCGCGCCGAGCCGCGCGACCCUGCCAGGCGCACGACAAGGUCAAGCUCUUCUGCCUCACGGACCGCGCGCUGCUCUGCUUCUUCUGUGACGAGCCCGCGUUGCACGAGCAGCACCAGGUCACCGGCAUCGACGACGCCUUCGAGGAGUUGCAGGCCCUGUGUGUGUUUCAGAGAGAACUCAAGGAGCAGCUUCAGGCCCUCCAGGACAGCGAGCGCGAGCACACGGAGGCACUGCAGCUGCUCAAGAGACAGCUGGCAGAGACCAAGUCGUCCACCAAGAGCCUUCGGACCACCAUCGGGGAGGCCUUUGAGCGGCUGCACCGGCUGCUGCGUGAAAGACAGAAGGCCAUGCUGGAGGAGCUGGAGGCCGACACCGCCCGCACGCUGACCGACAUUGAGCAGAAGGUCCAGCGCUACAGCCAGCAGCUGCGCAAGGUGCAGGAGGGGGCCCAGAUCCUGCAGGAGCGCCUGGCCGAGACCGAUCGGCACACCUUCCUCGCUGGGGUGGCCUCCCUGUCGGAGAGGCUCAAGGGGAAGAUCCAUGAGACCAACCUGACGUACGAAGACUUCCCGACCUCCAAGUACACGGGGCCCCUGCAGUACACCAUCUGGAAGUCGCUUUUCCAGGACAUCCACCCAGUGCCAGCUGCCCUGACCCUGGACCCGGGCACCGCCCACCAGCGCCUGAUCCUGUCCGAUGACUGCACCAUCGUCGCCUAUGGGAACCUGCACCCACAGCCGCUGCAGGACUCGCCGAAGCGCUUUGACGUGGAGGUGUCGGUGCUGGGCUCCGAAGCCUUCAGUAGCGGCGUCCACUACUGGGAGGUGGUGGUGGCGGAGAAGACCCAGUGGGUGAUCGGGCUGGCGCACGAGGCUGCCAGCCGCAAGGGCAGCAUCCAGAUCCAGCCGAGCCGCGGCUUCUACUGCAUCGUGAUGCAUGACGGCAACCAGUACAGCGCCUGCACGGAGCCCUGGACGAGGCUCAACGUCCGAGACAAGCUUGACAAGGUGGGUGUCUUCCUGGACUACGACCAGGGCCUCCUCAUCUUCUACAACGCCGACGACAUGUCCUGGCUUUACACCUUCCGGGAGAAGUUCCCUGGCAAGCUCUGCUCCUACUUCAGCCCCGGGCAGAGCCACGCCAACGGCAAAAACGUCCAGCCGCUGCGGAUCAACACUGUCCGCAUCUAGUCCGGGCAGAGGGAGACCGAAGCCUCCUGGGGCUGCGACCACCAGCAAGGGCCUCGCCCAGCCUUGCGGGGGCCUGGACACUUCCAGCCCGCCGCGGCCACCCUGAGACCUCGGGCCCGUUGUUGAUGUCCUGGCUUCCCCUGCCUGUGAGCUGCAGAUUGUGCUCCGUGGUUAAUGUCCUGUAGCUCUGGUCAUGACGGGAUGUGACAUGGCUUCUCCCCAGGGCAGCCCUUGCCCAACCCCUCACCCCUGUCACCCCAGGGACAGGGAAUCUCCCUCCAUCUUCCCUCCUCCUGCCCGGCUAACCUAGCUUCAUGACAGAUCAGAUGGGGUCGGUAGCUAGCAGCCCAAAAGAUAUACAGAAUCCUCUUAUGCUCCUGGCCUAAUACUUGGCUCACGCAGGGGCCAAGAGAGCAAUGGGCCACUUUACUCUUGACCCAGAUCUGCAGGGGACCUAGGCGGAAGCUGGUUCUAAGGUUGCCUGAGGGUCUCCCUCUCCUGCCACCACUACACCAAGCCGAGAGCUGUGGUUCCCUCCUCUCUCGUUAAUCUGCAAGUCGGAAAUGAUGCCAUGGCCUGUGAUAGGCAGCCUACAGGGUACAGUAUAUACCACUGCCUUCUAGCCUGUGGAUUCUGGGGCAAGAUGAGGUAUAAGGACCCCAGAAACCAAUACAGAACACUGUCAGGACAAAGCACCAAUGGAUGCUCCAAGUCCCCAACAGCCCUGGGGACAGAGGUCCAUCAGCCCUCAUCAGCCAGGCUUCUGUGACCUGCUACAUGAGCAGAGGGGGUGCUGGUAGCAGUUCCUCUCAUCAGGACCUGAACCCCAGGAGGGCUGUUGGUGGGUACCACCUUGGACUUGGCACCUGGCUGGCUCCCUUAGGAUCCUGCUUCACAAACAAAAGUCACUUUAGUCGGCUUCAUCAGACAAGAAUUUGCAGUCAGCUCCCUGGUGGCUUGCAAGAUCGCUGAAAGGGCUGGAAGAGGAGGGCCUUUGCUGAAUUUCCAGGAACAACUCCCAGCAGCUGCAGUGAUCGUGGUCUCCUGACCAGGAAAGCUGCCCCGGCCCCACAAGCUGCUGGCUGCCACCCUCCAUGCCAGCAAGUGGCUGUCCAAGCCUGUCCCACCCGCCUCUCUCUCAACUCAGGUCCCAGUUCUACAUCUUUUGGAGGGAUUCCUUUUGUGGAAACUUGAGUCAGAACCCAGAUUUUGACUGCAAGGAAGUCUGGGAAAUGUAGUUUUUCUCUUCCAGCCUCUACCACGCAGAAAGUUAGCAUGGAGGUGGAACAGGCCCUUACACAAUUUCCUUGCCGCGAAUCCAACUGUGAAGAACUCAGGAGAAUCCGUGAAUCCAUCUCGAGGCCUUGGCUUUGAAGCAGAAUUGCUAGAAAUGUCCUGCUCCGUGGCUCUGUCCCUGCCUGUCCCGGCCCAGUGGCUACAACAUAAGGAGUAGGUAGCAGUAGGCAGUACAAGCAAAAUGGCUCCCCAGCCUCGGCCUUCCUUUGUAGUCCUGGGGCCUCGAGUGUGUGCUUGAGAUUCAGUGACAUCGCCCAUCUCCAAGGAGCCAGAAUGGAUGAACUUGAGGGCCUCCCGCUCACAACUGCCAUGCAAUGAGGCCUCCCUGAGCAAGAGGAAUCCCGUGCCCUGCGCACCCCCCCCAACUCCCAGACUCCAGGCCACUCCUGACAGUGUUUUUAUUUAACGCAUCGCCCUCUUUUGUGCAUUAUGAUCAAUUUGUAUUAAAUCAAAGUUACAGGG